AAGCCUGAAAACCCUGCAUUGUGGUGGGUAAGCGGUGACGGAGAAGAAGUGAAGUGGAGCUUUGAAGAGCUGGGAGUCCUGUCCAGGCAAGCGGCUAAUGUACUGUCUGGUGCCUGUGGUCUGCAACCGGGAGACAGAGUUAUUCGGAUUCUGCCCAGGAUCCCGGAGUGGUGGCUGCUGAAUGUGGCUUGCAUGCGAACAGGAACUGUCCCGAUUCCUGGCAGGCAGCAGCUGACAGCAAAGGACAUUCUCCAUGGACUACAGAAAUCAAAGGCAAAGUGUGUCAUCACUGAUGGUUCUGUGGCACCAGCUGUGGACUCAGGUGGGCCUGAAUGGCAGUCUCUGAAAGCCAAGCUGCUUGUAUCAGAGGGCCACAGAGAAGGAUGGCUGAACUUCAGAGAGCUCCUGAAGCAUGCUCCUUCUGAUCACCACUGCGUGACCACAAAGCGUCAAGACCCGAUGGCCAUCUAUUUUACCAGUGGAACUACGGGGGCUCCAAAAAGGACUGCACAUUCCCACAGCAGCUAUGGCAUUGGCCUCACAGUAAGUGGAAGGUACUGGCUGGACUUGACUCCUUCAGAUAUAUUUUGGAAUACAUCAGACACGGGCUGGGCAAAGUCAGGUUGGAGCAGCAUUUUUUCCCCAUGGAUUCAAGGGGCCUGUGUCUUUGCACAGAAGAUGCCCCGCUUCGACCCAAGCAUUGUCUUUGAGAGUCUGUCAAGAUUUCCCAUAACAGUCUUCUGUUCUGCUCCAACUGCCUAUCGAAUGUUGGUGCAACAUAGACUGUCCAGCUACAAAUUCAGAAGCCUGCGGCACUGUGUGAGUGCCGGGGAGCCAAUCAACCCUGAAGUGACGGGAGAAUGGGAAGAGCACACUGGGCUGGAUAUUCACGAAGGCUACGGACAGGCAGAAACCGUAUGUUCAGACACUUUGCAGCUACAGCAAUAAAUUCCAUUAGGGUUGCCAAGAAAAUGUGAAGAAGUCAAUUAGAGUAAUGAAGAGUGGGAAAAUGUAGCUUGUAGAAGUCAUAGAAUAAUCAUAACAGUUGCCCCCCAAAUCCAAAGACUGCUUUUCAUGCCAGUGGGCUUUUGGCUUGGGACCCUGGUAUGCACCCUGGUAUGGUUCCAGACUCACUGGCCUAGAACACUUUGCAGUCAACUAGUUCUGGGUCAUGGUGGGGGUGGUGCCUGUGAAAGUUCCAGAUUGAGGGGUUCCUGGAAAGGUUCUGGAGCCAGUGCACCUAGAAGCAUUCUAGAGGUGUGGCUCAAGUCUAGAACCAUUGUAGUUGAGUGAGUGUAGAACUGAAUUGGAGAUUCUGUCCAGAACUGUUUUAGGUCAGCAGGAGU